AUGGCCACUAGAAGAAAAUGUGGCAUUGUUCAACCAAGGCAACAUCCUACUCUGCUUUUUACUGAACUGGAACCAACCUUCUACAAGGUAGCACUUAAAGAUCCUAAGUGGUUAGCAGCUAUGAAUAAUGAGUAUCAAGCCCUAGGGAAGAAUCAAACAUGGGCUCUCACUUCCUUGCCUCCUAACAGACAUGCUAUUGGCUGCAAAUGGGUGUUCAGGAUUAAACAAAAUUCUGAUGGGGUGCUUCUAUUGAUACCAUGUUAG